AUGGGCGUCUGGCAAAACGCCAAGCUCCUUGCUGACCAGUAUGCGGCUCAUGGAUAUCUCUGUCUUGUUCCCGACAUUUUCCUCGGCGAUUCCGUUCCUAUAAACCGACCUUAUGACUUUGAUGUCAAGAAGUGGAUCAUGCAGGGUUCUGAGGGGAACUCUCCUCACACACCAGCCGUUAUCGAUGCCAUUGUGAAGAAAGCCAUUGUGUAUCUCACCGGUCAGCAUGGCGUUGUAAAGCUAGGCGCUAUUGGCAUCUGCCUUGGAGCUAAGUACGUUGCUCGUCACUUCAGCUCCGGAAUAGCUGUGGGCUUCAUUGCUCACCCAGCAUUCAUGGAGGAAGCGGAGUUGGAAAGUAUUACCGGGCCGCUCUCGAUCGCUGCCGCUGAGAACGACUAUAUAUUCACCACCGCAAAGCGUCACAAGUUCGAGGAAAUUCUCUCUAAUAAGACGCCCAAGGUCCCGUACCAGAUUUGUCUCUACUCGGGAACUACCCAUGGAUUUGCAGUUCGUUGCGAUCUGAGUAUUCCUGAGCAGAAAUAUGCCAAGGAGCAGGCGUUCCUACAGGCUGUCAACUGGUUUGAUGAAUAUCUUCUUGGAUAA